AUGGUACAUAGGCUUUCAGAGACGAAUCAGACAACAGCAGAGUUCAUUCUCUUGGGACUCUCUAGCAACCACUUUUUGAACAUCAUCCUAUUUGCCAUUCUCUUCGUUGCCUUCCUCCUGAUCAUCCUUGGAAACAUCACUGUCAUCACCAUCACACUGGUGGACCAACGCCUCCACAUCCCCAUGUAUUUCUUUCUCAGGAAUUUCUCCCUUGUGGAAAUCUGCUUCACUUCUACCUUCAUGCCAAGGACACUCUACAGCCUCCUCACAGGAGCAAAAACCAUUUCCCGCUCCGGAUGUUUCCUUCAGUUAUCCCUCUUCUUCCUCCUGGGUAUCUGCACUUUCUUCCAUGUAGCUCUCAUGUCCUUUGACCGCUACAUGGCCAUCUGCCGCCCUUUGCAUUAUGCUACCUUUAUGAGCAAUAGGUUUUGCCUCCAGCUGGUGCUGGUCUGCUGGGUACUGAGUUUCUUCUUGGUGUUCUCCCCACUCACAAUUAUAAUCCAGUUGCCAUUCUGUGGGUCCGGUGUCAUCAACCACUUCUACUGUGAUACAGCAGCACUGCUCCAGCUGUCCUGCACAGACACGGGCGUCAUUGAGAAAGUAAUGCUUGUGACUGGUGUUGUGAUAUUACCUGGCACCUUAUCAGUAACUGCUUUUUCUUAUGCCUACAUCAUCCAUACUGUCAUACACAUCCAGUCUUCAGCAAGCAGGAGAAAAGCAUUUUCCACAUGCUCUAGUCAUCUUAUUGUAGUCACUAUUCUGUACAGCAGCUCCAUCUACAGGCACAUCCGACCACGCCAAAGGGGCGGGAGGGAUUUUGACAAAGUUGUAUCGUUCCUUUACUGUGUGAUUACUCAGCUGUGUAACCCUUACAUCUACACCCUUCAAAAUGAACAAGUCAGACAGGCCUUGAAAGAUCUAGUAGCAAGGUGUGUUGUAGGCUCUGACAAUAUUCUGGAGUCCAGAGCCACAAAGCA